AUGACAAAAGUUUCAUUAAGUAGCAAAAAAAAACCAGGACAAAAAUAUCAAAAUUCUUUUGCUUUUAAACCAAAUAAAAAUUCAAAGAAAUCAAAAAUAAUAAAUUCUUUGCCAAUUGAUGGAUUGUGUAAAAGAUGUAAAGAUAUUGUUGAAUGGAAAAAGAAAUAUAAAAAAUACAAAACAUUAACUGUUGCUAAAAAAUGCGUUAAUUGUAACGAGAAAAAUGUCAAAGAAGCUUACCACGUAUUAUGCAGUAAAUGUGCAUCAGGUAAAAAUGUCUGUGCAAAAUGUCAAGAAUCUAAUGAAAUUAUAAAAAGUGGUAUUAAAAGUGAUAAAGAAUUGUUAAGGGAACAACAAGAACAUGAAAAAUUUUUAUCAAAAUUGUCAGAACGUCAGAAGAGAUCUUAUUUACGAAAAUUAGAACGUGGCGAAACAUUCUCAUUACAAAAUAUACAAAUUGACAAAGAAAACGAUAACAGUGAUGGUGAUGAUAAUUUUAGUCAUAUGUAA